CUUUUGACAAAUGAAGAGGUCAUGGCUAUGUUCAUACUUCUUAUGUGUCUUGAUGAUCAAGGCUACAACCAGUACCACCAGAUCGACAGUCGAUGGCCACGCUCCUCGACGGAUUCUUUUGGACAAUGACGUGGACACAGAUGAUUUCUUUGCUUUACUCUAUAUGUUGAAGCUUAACCGUUCUGAGUUCGAUUUACAGGCAAUAACAGUGAACACCAAUUCAUGGACAAAUGCCGGACACGCAGUAAAUCAGAUAUACGAUAUUCUUUACAUGAUGGGGCGAGACGAUAUCGAUGUUGGUGUAGGAGGUGAUGGCGGUAUACUUGAAAAUGGUACCAUUCUACCAAAUGUAGGUGGCUAUCUUCCUAUAAUCGACCAGAUAUAG